CAAAGAGGCCUAUAGUCGCGUGCAGCUGUUCGAGCAAAGUUUGUUAGAUCGACGCCAGUUACUGUAUUUAUAACAAAAAAGAAUAAGAAAAAUGGGUGGAACCUGUGUUGUAUCUGAUUGUAAAAGUACAAAUAUGAAGUCAGCAAAAACAGCAGAGCAACUUGCUGUUGAAAGUACAAAGAGAAUAUCAUUCCACAGGUUUCCUACUGAUGCAGUUCAAAGAGCAAAAUGGGCGAAGAUAUUAAAUAUAAAGAACGAGGCUAUAACUAAAAAAGACAGAAGCGUCGUUUGCUCUUUACAUUUUAAUGAGAAAUUUUUUGACCGGUCAUGUUCAACAAAGACAAUGUUGAAAGCAAAUGCUGUACCAUGUGUACUUAAAAAUUCACCGUACUCCAAAGUGACCUGUAGAAGUAUUGGCAAUAACAAAAAAAGUUCCUCUACAAGAAAGAUAAAAAACGCAAAGUGUGAGACCGUUCAGGAUGUGAAAAAGACACCAACAUCAACUGAACUUCCGAGCAAUAAUAUAAAGGAAGGGGUUGCUGAAGAGAUGGAUAUUGAAGAAGCUAUCGGACCAAUUGUUAAGCAGGAACACAUUAUUGCAGAAAAUGAUGAGGAAUAUGAUUCUUUCACGCAAAAUGAUUACAUGCAAAUUCCUGUUAUUCAAGCAGUAUAUGGUGAAGAAAACAUGCCGGUCUCUUUAUUCCACGAAACGUACGGGAUGCCAAAAAUAUCAUUGGAAAGGAUACAGCAUUCGUAUAACAAUGAAAUGAAGGAUGUAACAAAUACUAUAAUGAUCGCUAACUUGUAUCAAGAAAUUGGCAAUUUAAAGGAUGUUGUUUGGGAAACAAACAAAAAAAUUCUAAUGUUGGAAAAUGUUCUCAAUGAAUUAAGAAAUUGAGACAUUGAUUAUGUACAGAACACGAAACUCGAAAUAUCAUGACAUCAUUGUGAUUUUAUAUUUAUUAUGGUGGUUCUCCUGCAUGAAAGAGUGGACAGUAUGGCUGCUUUGGUGGAGUUCCUUUUGCAUCUUCAGAUAUUUUUAUUCUUGUUUUCUGUUAAUCUACUUUUUCUAUGAAAUGAUAUUAAUUGUAACAUUGGGUGCUUUUGUGAGUGAUCGGCUCAGAAUCCCUUUGAUGAAAGUAAAACUUUAAUAUUUUUCUCUUUUUUUUACUUCAUCGACAAUCAAAUUUAAAAAUUUGCGCCCUGACAAAUAAAGCUUGCUACUACAACAUACUUAAGUUUCAAUUUUUCCUACUUUUUGUCGGUUUAUGCAGGAGUAGGGUUACCAUAAUAAAAUUUUCAGAACUAGAA